UCAACAUCCCCAUACAGGAAAGAUACACAAAUGUUGGCUAUCUUCCCUCUGGUCGUUCUUCUCUUGGCUUUGACCGGCCGAGCCCGGUCAGCGACCGACCAGGUUCUUGAUGUCGACGGAAACCCAGUCAGGGCAGGGAUUGGUUACUACAUAUUGCCGGCGCACAGUAGCCGGUCCGGCGGUUUGACUUCCCUUUCAAGAAGUGGGUCUUGCCCGUUUAAUGUUGUUCAAGCAGACUCCGGGCUCGAUCAAGGGACUCAGUUGACGUUCGCGCCAGCCACCGGGAAGAAGGAGGUUCGGCUCGUAACAGACCUGAACAUCGAGUUCCUGUCCGUGAACCACUGUGGGAGCUCGGCGGUUUGGAAGUACGCCGGAGUCGAUGAGGCGACAGGGCAAAGGUUUAUCACCCUCGGCGGCACGGCCGGGAACCCGGGCCCGGCCACGGUCAGCAAUUGGUUCAAGAUAGAGAAGGAAGGGGAUCACUACGCACUGGUCUUCUGCCCAACGGUUUGCGAAUCCUGCAGGGUUGUGUGUGGGAACGUCGGGAUUUACAGUGAAAAUGGUAGUCAGUUCUUGGCCUUGAGCGACCCUGCUUUCCCUGUAAAAUUCAGAAAAGCCUGAGCAACGACCAUGAAGAUAAGCUUCAUACUUGUACAUGCAACGAACACCACAUAGGAUAUUCUUUCUUCCAUGUUCAUUAUUCGUGCAAUAAAAGAAAUUUCUUUCCGUUUUUUUUCA